AUGGCGGCCGACAGCGGAGCAGCUGGGGUGCAGUUGCUGGAUUCUCGUGGGAUCGGCAAGGUGCCGACAUUCUCAGGCAAGAGGGAGCACUUCGAGGAUUGGAUCUUCCCGUUCGAGUCAUACUGUGGCCUGCUGGGCUGGACGGCGGGCCUGGAGCGAUCAAGGGGCGCUGAGGAGCCGCUGACCGCGGACGACUUCGGCGAGCAGGGAGUGCUGGCAGGCAGGAGUUUGUACCACCUGCUGGCGAGCACCGCGAAAGGCGCGGCGCAGAGCAUCGUCAAGCUCUGCCCGCGAGGCGACGGCUUCGAGGCAAUGCGGAGGCUGUACAAGGAGUACAUGCCAAGGCUGAAUGAGGAGCACGGCCAGAUGCUCCAGCAUAUCCUCACGCCGACAUGGUGGAAGGAUCGCGAGGGGAAGGAGCGGUUCACGGAGGUGCUGAUCGCUUGGGACGAGUUGAUCUCAAGGUACGAGCGCGCGACCGGAGAGCAGGUCACGCAGAAUAUGAAGACGAGCACGAUCAUGGCCCACGCACCAGAGGAAGUGAAGGUCAUGCUGCGCUCGGCGCAGCGCGAGGUACGCAGCGACAUCGCACAGAUGAGGAACUGCAUCUUCGAGGCGGUGAUCGGCCAAAGUGGGGUGGUCUCGCGACCUCCGACAGCAAAUAAGGGGAGAAACGACAUGGGCGUCGACGCGAUCUCCAAGGGCAAAGGCAAGGACGGAACGGACAAGUGCCAGAUCUGCCACAAGCCGAGCCACACGUCCCGCGACUGUUUCUGGCGUGACAAAGGGAAGCAGAAGGGCGACGGAAAAGGUCGAGGAGCAGCCGCGGGAACCCAGGGCGGAAAGGACGCCAAAGGCAAAGGCAAGGACGGCUGCACCUUCUCGGGGAAGUGCGACUAUUGCCAUAAGACGGGCCACAAGAAGGCGGACUGCAAGAAGCGAAUCGCCGAUGAGAGGUCCAAAGGCAACGCGGCCAUUGAGCAGGAGAGCACGGACCCGAAGACGGUGGCCAAGAUCGAGUACGCGGAGUGCGAGUGCGGGAUCUGCGACGACGACCAGCUCUACUGUAUGGCGAUGGAGGUGGAGGAUCCCGAGACGGAGUGCUGCGGCAUGGAGCUCGUGGAGACGACCUUCAUCACGUUGGACACUGCGAGUGACUGCCACGUGGGGCCGACUUUCUUCGGCGAAGGAUGCAGGAAAGGAGAUGAUCACGGCCCGAGGCUGCUGGGCGCGCAGCGCAGCGAGAUCAAGGUGGACUCCAUCGCGACGGUGCCGAUGGCGGUUACUGACGAGUGCGAGCAGCUGAAGUUGCUGAAAGCAGACUUCAGGCUAGGUGACACGGUAUCGAAGCCAAUCCUCUCGCUGCUGGAGGUGAUGGAUAAGGGUGCCGAGUUCUGGCUGAGCGCGAAGACGGGCAUGAAGAACGACACGCUGGGAUUCAACGCGAAGACCUUCAAGACAGCUACGGAGGCGAAGGAGUUCGCGGCCAGCGUGAACGCGAAUGAGCAGCAGGACAUGCGGGCAAGGCUCAAGGAGACGGGCCAGCCAAUCUACGGCAGAAAGGACGAGUUGUGGGCCAGACUCAGCGAUGCGGAGCGGAGGCUCACGGCGCACCACCUGGAGAUGAAGGAGUUGGAGCGCAGGGCGCCGUGGUGCGAGGCCUGCGUGCGGGGGAACGAGACGACCAAGCCGCGCAAGACCCUCACGUUCGACCAGAAGGACACUGGGAAGGCGCAGAUCACCCUGGACUUCUGCUACCUGAAGACCAGCGGCGACUGGGCGGAGAUCGGAGAUGAGGAGCCGCCAGCGGCGGACAUCUUCGCGACGACGCUCGUGAUGGCGGACAGGGACACGCUGAUGUUCAAUGCAUUCUCGAUGCCCACCAAGGCGGUCACGGACUACGCAAUAGCCAGCGUGAGCAGCUUCAUUGAGGGCGUGCAUCUCGCGACGGCGGACAUCAAGACGGACGGCGAGCCCACGAUCGUGAACCUGGUGGAGGAGGCGCGGAAGAGGCUGAGCAAGAGCAUCAAGCUAGAAGAGAAGCGUGGGAACCUGAAGGACAGCCAGAGCAUGGGCGCGAUUGAGGCUCCGAUCAGAUGGUUUCAGGCGAAGGUGAGGACAUACAAGUUCGACCUGGAGAAGCGCUAUGCCAUGAAGAUCACAGCGGAUGCACCGAUCUGGUGUUGGCUUACACGGUACGUUAGCUGGGCUACGUCUACGUGCCGACCGCGAGCCGAUGGGAGGACGUCCCAUCAGGCAGCAUGCGGAGUGACCUACAACGGAGAGAUUCCCCCCUUUGGAGAGACGGCUCUCUUCAAGACCCCGAUCUCCCACACGAGGCAGAUCGCGGCUACGUCCCUGAAGCGCAAGGGCGAGUCGAGUUUCGUGAAGGGCAUCUGGAUCGGGAAGCGCAGGGAGAGCGACGACCACUUGUUGUUGACGCCAGCGGGCUGGCACCGCGCAAGAACAUGCAGGCGGCUGGAGCCAGCAUUGCGGGCAGAUGACAAGCUGAUGAAGGCAGUGAAGGCCCUGCCCUGGGACGCGAUGAGCGCCAAGCCGUGCGAGCUACUGCCCAGGCUUCAGAGGCCGAUGCCCACGAUCGUCUUGGCGGCGGCGGAGCGGAAGGCGAAGACCGAGGCGCAGGAGGCAGCGCGCGAGGCGGCGCCACCCCAGGGGGCGCCCGAGCAGGGGGCGCAGCCGGCUGCAGCAGCGAGCGCGGGGCCAUCGGCGGCGCCCGCGGGACCUGGAGCUGGAGCGGCAGCGGCAGCGAGGCCAGAGGAGAAGAGCACGACGGAUGCGGAUGCGCCGAUGACACCUCGAGGUCUUGUCAGACCUGCCGACGCCGAAGACUUCGGCGCACCAGGCAAACGCGCGAAGCACGUGGGCGCCAUCUCGCUCGACGACCCUAUCGACUACGGCAUCCUGGACAGGAUGGGCACCGACUGCUACAUGACGGUCAGCGGACCGGAGCCAGCGGCGGAGCUCAUCGGCAAGCGCGAGGCACUAGAAGUGCUGGCACACUACGGGGUGCACGGGGACGUCCCGAGGAGCGAGGGCGGUGAGUUCAAGAGGAUCAGGGCGCGCUGGGGGCCGCAGAUGCGAGGAGGUAUCUGCAAGUGGCGGUAUGUGGCGCAGGAGUUCAAGUGGAUGGAGCAGCGUGACGACGUGUUCGCAGCGAGCUCAUCGGCGCAGACGAGCAGGCUGGUGGACUUCGUCAGAAUCAAAGAGGAGAACCACGGGACCUUCAUCGCGGAUUGCGUGAAGGCGUACUACCAAGCGGACCAGACUGAGAAGGUUUGUGUAGAGCCACCUGCUGAGUAUCUGGCGAUAUUGGCGGAGAUGGGCAGACCGACCGACAUCGUUUGGGCGCUCAACAAGAUGCUGCCUGGGCAGCGCGUGGCAGGCGCUGGCUGGGUGGACAAGGCGGCGAAGACCCUGAAGGGAGAGGGCUUCGACAGGAGUGAGUGUCAGCCGCAGUUCUUCUACCGCAGAGAGAAGAAGAUCCUGAUCGAGGUGCACGUGGGCGACUUCCACGGGGAGGGUCCAAUCGGCAGCCUGGAGGGGAUCAUCAAGCGGCUGCGGGAGGUGUUCGACCUGAGAGCGACGGAUGUCAUCAGGCAGGGGCGCUACUCGCACCUGAAGCGGGGCAGGUUGAGGCUCAUGAACGGCAACAUCAUGCUGAGGCCGAACGCGAAGCACAUCGACGACCUGAUCUACGUAAUGGGCAUGCCAAGAGUCGGGGUCGCGCUCUACAUCUCGCCCGACAGAGCGGACAUCCAGCGGGGCGUGCAGCUGCUGACCAGGAACCUGAGUCAGCCGACGGAGUUUGACAGGAAGCGAUUGGUGAAGCUGGUGAGGUACCUGAAGGGGACAAAGACGUUUGGAGUGCUGAUGGAAAAGCCAACUGGGAGCAAGCCUGGGGAAGUGAAGCUGCAGUUGUUCGCAGACGCGGAUUUCGCGACGUGCAAGGGUACGAGGCGUGCGAUGACCUGUGGGAUCACAAUGCUGGACGGAGUGCAUUUUGCAGCGUUCGCAAGGAGGCAAGGAGUUCAGAGCACAUCCUCAGGUGAGGCGGAGUUCUACGGCGCGACCUCGGUGGUGAUGGACGGCCAGCUGGUGAAGAACAUGCUAGAGUGGUUGGGCGACAAGGUGACCUGGGAGCUCGGGAUCGACAGCAGCGCCGCGAAGGCGAUGAUCAACCGCGAGGGCGUCGGAAAGGUGAAGCACCUGGACGUUCGGGCGCUGUGGAUCCAGCAGGAGCGAAAGGUCCACGGACUGAUCACCAAGAAGGAGAGUGGAACAAAGAACGUGGCCGACCUAGGGACCAAGGCGCACACCACGGAGCGGUUCGAGUCCCUGCGAGAACUUGCUGGCAUCAUGGGCUGCAGCGAGAUGGACAAGCAUAAGGAGCUGGAGGCGUGCUCGGUGGCAACGAGCGCCUGGGCUAAGCAAGGUUUGGUGGCGACGCUGCUCGCGCGAGGAGUGACGGGCGGCGCGACCAAGGCGAGUGAAUGCGCAGUGCGAGAUCUCGACCAGGGUGCAGUUACCCCCUGGGAGGCUACAAAGCUGCAGGACUGGAUCGACGACCACACGACGCUGAUCAUCCUGAUCGUGAUGACGACAACGUUCGUGGCAGGAGCACUGCUCGGGUGUUUGAUUUGCAAGUGGUGGACGAAGAUGGACAGUACCACGAAGCAAAACCUGGUAAAGCAUACUAAUACCCCGAAGCGGAGAAAGGAGCUGAGCAACAAGGUGAAGUUCACGGACAGGCGAGCCACGGGUGAGAACGAGCUUGCGGCCAAUGGCAAGGUGAGCGAGGUGACGUGCCUCGACGAG